GUCUAUCUCACAUUGCCCGACUAAUGCUUUCUUAUCCGAUUUAUCCACCACAGAACAUAGAAGGACCCCCCCACGCACAAAACACCACAACCUGUUUCCUGAAACUUCCUUGUCAUCGUUCUCAUGGCCAUUUCUUGCUCCAUAUUAUACCUUUAACUAUCUAUCAAUAACAAUGGCAGCUUCAGUCUGUUCGUAUCAUGCUUCGCCGCUGCAUUCACUCAAUCUCCCGCACCACCAACAGCCACCACACUCCACCAUUCCAAUGAUGGCCAGAAAUCGGGGACUGAAUCGACAACAACGUAGAACGGCGGUGGUGAGGUGCAGUGUAGGAAUUGAGGACUUUAUUGGAGGUGACCUGGUGAAGUUCGAUCUGGGAAAAUGGUUGUCGGACGUGGAAGAACACAAAGCCCUAGCUAUAUAUUGUCCGCACGAGGGAGGCUACGAGGGGCGGUACUUCACUAGGCUUAGGUACCAGGGCUACCAGUUCUUGGACCUCUCCGCCCGUGGGCUCGGUGACCCUGAGACCACUCUCACCAAGGUUCACCCUGUUUGCCCGGCUCACGUUGGGAAGCAGCCAAUAGCAAGGUGGUAUUUUCCACCAGAAGUUGAUUACAGGCUUUCACAACUUCCUACAAACGCCAAAGGACUGGUUGUUUGGAUACUUGAAGCCAAGGUUUUAUCGAAGGCUGAACUGCAGUUUCUUGCCCUCCUCCCUGCACUCCGCCUAAAGUCAGGGUUAUUGCAGAAUGCGGAAACUGGAGAAAGUUUAUGUGGAGGCCACUCAAAGAAACUGCAGGACUACAAGCAACUGAGGAAGCAUGAUGAUCCGCAGAACCUUUGGGCUCUUCUCUGUUCAUUGUAUUACUCAGAGGCCUCCAUGGUGAAUCAGAGAUGUAGUGUUCAGUAAUAGCAAUGCAACAGGCUAGCUUAUGGUUCCCUGUUCCCUUCUUUACAUCCAUGACAUUGUCAACCUCAAGUAUCAAGAAUCAAAAUCAUUCCGAAUUAGGGUUUCUUCGAAAUCAAAAGUAGCCAGAAGUACAGAAGUUAUCCUAAUUUACAAAUGCUCAAUUAUGGGUCCCGCUUUAUGUAAUAGAUCGCAUACACCAACUACUUGCACAUCGCUUAUUUUUGUGUAAAAUCAUAAGAUGUAUGACACAACUCCAUAAGACUACAUUUGGAAGAUAAUCAGCAUUUUUUUCAGAACUCUAAAACCCAGAACUCCUUCCUGAUGGAACAAUCACUUACCUGAUUUGAC